UUGGCUGCAAUGGACCACCUAAGUCCACCGUCUGCGGCUGAAACGCCACCGCAAAAAACCCAAGAAGUCCCAUCCUCAGCCAGAGCCAGCCACAAUGACGACCAGAAGAAGUAUAUGCAUGCAAUGGAAAAUUUCAAAGCUUUGGUCUUGAAAUUUGCUGUUGCCUCUGUUCCUACCAAUUCACUCUCCUCUACUCAAAGAUCACUCAUUGAACAGAAGCUUCAUCAGUUCUUCCCUCAUUUUCAUCCUCCCGAUCACCCCGCUUACUCUUGGAUGAUUCAGAGAGCAAUUGAGCAGUUGAAUGAAGAAGGCGGUUCUUAUGAAAAGGCAAUAUCAGAGUACAUUUUGAGAGAAUGGGGUGACUUGCCAAGGGCUCAUGUUACUAUACUCAGGCACCAUAUGAGAAACCUCUGUGAAAAGGGUGAAAUUGUAGCGACUCCCUGUGGUCGCUACAGGCUUCAUGAUGCAGUUGCCGAUAUUAUUACUCCCUAUUCUAGCCCCAGUGGUUGCACUAGUUCUGAUUCUUUCUCCAGUUUUUGCCUUAGUUCUAGCUGCAGCUUUGCCUGUGUCUCAAGUUCUGACACUAGUCCUAGGCCAAAGAAAAAGGGAAGGAAGAGGAAGCAGAAGAAGGAAUCAAUGAAGAAAAGGUUUAGGCCACGUAGAAGGGAGCGUAGACAAGUGCUAAGGAAGGGAAGCAAUAGGCCAUGCUGGAAAGACUCAUUGAAAGAAGUUCAGAUUGAGGUACGCGAUUUGGCGGCAGAAGAGAGGUUAAGUAUCAGAGAAGAACCGGAGGCGAUGGAAGUAGAAAAUCCAUUAGACGGAACAGACAGCAAAGACAAUCAGCAUUGUCCAGCAGCAAAAACCGAGUUACUGGUCCAUAUUCAGCCUCACAGACAGGAAGAUGAAGGAAUUAUAGAACUAAUUGAGCAAGAACUAGUCAAUGAAAACCCUCCAGCAGAAGAGAAAAAACAGUUAAACAGGGAGAUGGUCCAAGAUAGAAGUAGGAGAAAUUUGGACAGGCCACGUAAGAAAUGGAGCAAAAAAGAAGUCGUUUAUGUUCCAAGGCAUGCACAUAGAUGUGGCAGGAAAAGGAGAAGGGCAAGUCAAACAGAAUUGUCAGAAGCAGAAAUGCCAAAAAGUAUGGAACAAAAGAUCGAAGAAUUUUCAAUCCAGGAUGGUAACAGAGAGGUUCGUAUAGUCACUGGCAACAAUCUACAACAGCAAAAUGACCAAGUAGAAGAGUAACAGCUGAAGAGGCAGGCAGCAGGGACAGGAUUUGGGGAGAAGAAUACUGGGUAGACCACUUAAGAAAUGGAGCAAAAAGGAAAUUGUUUAUGUUCCAAACCAUUCGCGUGCACGUAGCAGUUAAAGGGAUAGGCCACGCAAAAAAAAUGUAUCACAAGAUAUUCUAGAAAAUGUAGAAGAAAAGAGUAAACAAGAAAGCAACAACGAGGAGCCACGGGGUUGCCAGUUACAAUCUUGCACUCCCAGAACUGCACCAGGUCUCAGAAGUUUGUGAAUGGUUUUUGUCAGUUCAGCAUUAGGAUGAGAUUUCGCAAUCCUGUCAAUGAGGACAAAGGAAACUCUCCUCCAAUAGACAAGAGCAACUGCAGAAAUGUUUUCCUUUCCUUGAAUCAGCAUAGUGUUCAGAUGAAAGAAAAAAAAAAAUUAACAGCGGAAUAUUGUCCUUUAAUUUUGAAUGUUGAUUAACUAGUACUCAUCUGUCUUUCCCAAUUCUAAGCAAGAUUAGGAUCUUCAUGAACCAAAGAGCUGAGAGGCACAUUCCAGAUAUUAAGUAAAGGAAAAACUAAGAAGGUAGAAAAUGUUCAUUUCAGAGUGCAUCUUCCUUCAGAAAAGGAGAAAAUGAUCAAAAUAGUCCUUAAACGUGUGGGGGCUGCUUUAUUUUGGUCCUUGAUAUACUCCCUACAGAUAUAGUCUUUAAUGUAUGUGAAAAGGUGACGCAUUUGGUGCGAAAUCCUAAAUCUAACAGAACUUUCAGAAUGGGCUGCUAACUUUAGCAUUUCUCCCCAUAGAUGUGUAAUCUGCUGCGGAUUUUUAGAUGAUGGAGAAAGCUGCUGGUUUCAUUUGGCUGCUGCAAAUUAGCAUCAUAAUCAAGCAAACUAGUUAAGUUUCUUGAUUUUAGUGAUUUAGACUAGGGUCAUUAAAAUA